CGUGUUGUGCAAUUGCUACAGUGGAUGAAGGACCCACAUCCUGGUGGUUUACGGUACGUUUUUGUUAAAUUACCCCAUAUUUGCGCUUUCUUGAUAAUGACACGUACAUGACAAGUCAAAUUGAGGAGCUCAGUCAAUUUACAUUAAAUUAACUAGUGUCAAUUAGCAAAUUGAUGUACAAAUUUUACAGGAAAGUAAUUAUUUUUAAUUCAUUAACGGUUUUGUACACAUUGUGGAUGAUAACAGUUAAGCUCUGGAGCUCUAUAAAAACAAGGAAGAAGUCCAUAUAUAGGUGCAGAAGUUCCGCUCUGCAUUAAAUCCCACUUUUGAAUGUCUGACUCAUGAAGGAGGACACUCCUUCUUGGCCUCCUUUUAAAAGGCGCAAAAGUCUUUGGAAUGAACAGAAAACAACUUGCUUCACUACAGCUAUAAUAUUCCUUGUUUUGCUUUGUAAUAUUGUAAUUUUUUUAUAUGAUUACUUAUAUUGUUUUUAUUUGACACUUCUUUUUGAAUUACGUCAAAUUGUCUAAAUGUUUUGGUCAGCAAACAACAUCUUUUCCUUUUUUCUCCUCAUAUUUCAGCUUCCUACUUCUCUAACUUUCUAUAUUGCUGACUCUAACCCCCUUCUUGCAUUUAACAAUCAAGUCAGAGAGGGGCAUCUUUACACAGAAAAUCACAGACGAGGGAUGUAUCUACAGAUGACCCAGGAUGGGAGAGUAUCUGGAAGUGAAGUCCAGACGCCUUACAGUUUGCUUCAGUUGCAGUCGAUACAACCAGGCCACAUUGCCAUUAAAGGUCAGAGGUCAUCCCUGUUUCUAUGCACAGACAGUGAAGGCUCUCUGAGGGGGCAGACACACUUCUCAGAGGACGACUGCAGUUUCAAAGAAUUGCUGCUGGCGGACGGAUACACACGUUUCCUGUCCGCACAUCACGGACUUCCUGUGUCGCUGGCGUCCAGGCGUUCCUCUGAUCGACAAGCGAUCCCCUUCACUAGAUUCCUGCCACUCAAGGAUACUCUUCCAGCGGAGGCUGCAUCCGAGCAUCCGCCAAAACCAGAGAUCUACUUCAACUUGGACUCUGAAGACCUUCUCGGAAUGGGUCAGAAUUCCAUGCUCAGUCCUCAUUUCUCAGUGGACAAUUGAAUAAGGAAAGAGUGAACAUAUACGGGUGAAUGUAUUUAAUUAAAUUAAGUAUUUAAAAGCAUCCAUUCGGAAAGAAUUGUGGACUGUAUUUAAAAAAAAAACCUUCAAGACUGAUAAUAUUCCAUUUUAUUUAUUUAAGUGUGCUUUGUUUGUGUAUUUAUAAUAAGAUAAUGAUUAUUUUUCAUUGUUUUGGGUUUUUUUUUACUGUGAAAGGGUGGUUCAUUCUGAGCCAUAGGGUUAUAUUUGAACAUUGCAGGCACUUUGUA